AUGGACUCUGCGAUGUAUUACAGACAUCGCACCCGUUCAUACAACCCUGAGUUAGUCAGCUUUGAGGACCUGUUCGGCGUCGUGUUUCCACUCGCAUGUCUUGCAUUCGCUACCGUGCGUGUCCGAGGACACGUCUUGUCGUCCAUCGCCUUCUUCUCCGUAUUAAUACUCCGGUCAAUCCCAAGCGCAUACCCUCUUCAUAUCCUGGGCAUGUUCUUGUUCGUCUGGUUCGGCUACAUCAAGGACGAGGACCUUCCAUUCGCUCGCUCAAGCCUUGACCGCCUGCCCAAAGCCUCAUCGACGCGCCACCCGUUGGAAGCCCUCCUCGCCAAAAGGGACCACGCUCGGUCUUGUCAGGUCCUCGCAACCAAACUCCUAUCGGGAUACGCAUACUUUUCUUUCUACUACCGCUUCGCCGUUCCUUCGACCCGCUUGUUGUACCCCCGCGCAAUCAGACUUUCCGAAUACAUUGUCCAAGGCAUUCCGUGGGUUAUGGGGGUAAUUGCGCUUUCAUGGUAUGCCGUGAUUGCUUGGAAGGCUUCUAGUAGCGCACGAAGGCUAGAGCUUGCGAGUGUCGGCCAGGAAGAUGGAUAUUUGAAGAUGAGGGAAGAUGAUAGUUCCAACAUUCCUGACGAUUGCCACAGUAAAUCUCCCGAUGCAGAGGCCGCAGUCCCCCAGGCUGUGUCAUCCGCCACCCAGCCUGCUUCUUCCGCGGCUCCAGUUGUGAUCGAUACCUCUCAUUUUAUCAACACGUCCGUAUCAUCGAAAACUCCGGCGCAACAUCAACCUGGUCAGGAGGAAGAGAAAUCUCCCCAAAGUCGACUUCAAACCCGUAGUCUCCGCCGAAUGUCACUCUGGAGCUCCGCCGAUUCGCAAAUUUUGCAAGAGACCCAAGAACCUAGGGCACGGUUCCAAUGGAGACGAGUAUCGAAGGUACACGACUGAGCACGUCACAGUGAGGGACUCGAAGGAGCCACCUUCCCCGAAGCUCCUUAAUCUUUUCCCGGUGAACGCCUCCACCUCGAAACCAGCGAAUCAGUCUUCUACCUCUGCUCUCUUUGUGCGACCCUCGUCUCCACUCUCUUCUCAACCAGCGCCCCCCCUCCCGCCCGCGCUCUCUCCAUCGGCUGCGCUAUCUUCACCGCCUACGCUCUCGUCUUCAGUUGCGCUCCCAUCACUCCCUGCGGUCGGAGGUCUCCAGAGCAGCUCCUCGGCACUGAAUAAACAGGACGGUCAAAUCGCAUCACCUACAGCAUCGACACACAACCCUUCCUCGGAUUUUGAUCUGGAUGUUGGAUCAUCUUCUUCCGCCGAACGCUCAAACGUCGAAGAUUCGCAACCCGAUCUUAUGCCCGGCGGUUGGGCCUCUAGGGCACAGUCUCCCGAGCGGUCAGAGCUUUGUUCCAUUUCUGAGAAUCAGUCUUCGUCACCGUCGUCUUCCACAUCUCCGAACAGCUCUCGCCCGCGAUCUUCACGGGCUGACGGUCUGGGUCUGGAUACGUCCUUGGUUCAAGUCGUAGAUAGCGACAAACCGGAGAGUUCUGUGAAGAUCGAGGCUUCCCCUUCCGCAGUUACUGGACCCGUUCAUCUGGAGGAAAGCCCUGCGAGGAAACCACAGGACGUCGAGGAAGAAUUACCGUCCCGAGCAUCGAGCAGCUCCGCAGAAUCCUUCGAUCCCGACCGUGCGGUAUACGGCAUGAAGCAAUACACUCACCCUUUCUUCUUCACUCCUUUACUCCCUCAACCCGCUCUACGGCAGGACUUACAACCUGGUCUCGGCGGCUGGGCUAAUCAUUGGAACCGAUUGGCACAGCAACCUUUGGCUACGGUGCCUACCCCGAUGGAUGUCGAACAGCCAGAAACAGGGAACUCGGGCGCCUUCACCCCUUCGUCUGUAGCGCCUCCACACAUGCACACAAGCCAGGAGCGCGGUCUCUCUCCCGGAGUCGUCGAAGAAAACGCUAUGGAGGGAGUGCAGAAAACACCAGCGUCGUCUAGGCCCUCUCUCGAAGUCGUAGAAGGAAACGCUAUGGAAGGAGUACAAGAAACACCGGCGUCGUCCAGUCUCUCUCUUGGAGUCGUCGAAGAAAACGCUAUGGAAGGAAUAGAGAAAACGCAGGCGUCGUCUAGUCUCUCUGAAAAUUCGUCCGACGAGCGGGCAGCAGGAAUAUUGGAUGAGCUGGCGAGAAUGUCCAUCACGUCAGGUCUUUCUGCUCAGGUUGACGGUGAUGACUCGGUCGAGGAGCGCAUGGAUAUUCCGACAUCGCAAAUACUGCCCAUCUUGGAGGAUAAGGAUGCGGAUUUAGACGUCCAGAUGGCGAUCCCUGCUGACUUAGGCGGAGAUAUUCAGUCUGAUAUGGAUGUUGAGAUGCCCGGCCAGACCGGUGACUGUAUCGACUUGGAUCAGUUUCAUUCCCAGGGAGAGGGUAUGGGUGUACCGUGGGCGACGCCCGAACACGCGAACUCUCACGAUCCCGUAACGGACACCUUCCACUCGAACGCCGCAACUGCUCAUAUGAGCGAACCUGAGGGACAGUCAGCCAUAUCAUCUACAGCAGACCGUACGGUUGUAGGCAUUGAAGACACUCAGGCUGCAUCACUCGACCACUCCUUUGAUCCCGUGCCAUCCUCCGAUCCCGUGUCAUCCUCCGAUCCCGUGCCAUCCGCCGCCACCGUUUCCUCGCCCGAUGCAGAAAUGACCCCUCAAACUGGUUUCGCUGAGGGAAACACAAUACCCGUUGUCGAUGAAAAGCCGGAGAUAAGACUCAUACGCCCACUACCGCGUCGUCCAGUGCCGAAACCAGCCAUUGGUGAUGGGGUACAAGUUGGAGGGGCCAUCUCUUCCUCGACAGAGGAUGUUCCUAAAGAUAUGCCUUCAAAUAUGCCGUCUCACACGAACCAUGAUUCAGCUACCUCGGCAGAAGAGAUGGAAGCCUUACCACCCGCACCGUCAUCAGAGGAAAUCACCGACCCCGCAACGGCGCCCGAAGACCCACCACUCACUACGGCCGAUCUCAGUGACGAUCUCGAGCGCGACUUGUCCCUGUCGUCUUCAUCAUCGUCGUCUUAUUCUUCGUUGAGUUCGACAAGCUCGGAAAGGUCUCCGUCACCGCCUAACAAUGUAUACGACGAAGACGGGCCUCAGUCGAUUGCAGAAGGUGUGGCACCAAGUACGGGUUUACGAGAUGUUCCAGGUCCCUCGCGCACCACGACGACUUUCCCCAGUAGUGUUCCAUCGGACCUGCGCAGUCCUUUUCCCGCCUCUCAUGUUCCAUGCGCUCCCAACCGACCUUCCCCGAUGAAUCCUAGCACGUACCCAGCCGGGAUUCAGGGGUCUUUGGCCGCCAGAGGUUCCAUUCUCCCCACCUUGCCCCCUCAACCUGCCGUCCGUCCAGCCGCCCGCGGAGGGCCACUGAUACUACCACACGGCUCCCCAGUACCACCACCCCCGGCUAUGAGCAGUAGGACGACCUCAGCCCCAACCACGGCAGGACCAUCGACGGCUGCAAGAUACGCGCAAACCCACUGGUUGACUCCGAAAAAUCCAAACAUGUACUUGUCGCCAACAGCGCCGAGAUACGCAGAUCCUAGGGUCCACAUACCACGCCCCGAACACGUAGCGACUACGCCGCCUACCUAUGGGCCGAGAUCGACAUUUGUGCAAAACAAUCCAUCAAAUCCGCUUAACCCUCGUCCUCCUCCGGAGAGAAUAUCCAAAAGCAACAGUCUAUCUGGGGCUCUCGGAUAGUCGAAGCGUUCCACCCCGGUGAACUGUUCCCUGCGAUUCUUGUCUCCGCUCGUUUCCUCGUUAUUUCCUUCAAGUAUGUCUCUCAAACGAUUGUGUUAUUUUUCUUAUUCUCUAUCUGCAUUUCGUCAUCCAUUUUAUUCCAUGCAUAACUUUCUGUUUCUGUCUCUGUUGUCGCCAAUGUUUUGAUCUCGCUAUCGUCUCAACUUGCUGCUUGUCUUCCUGUUCGUCCUUUGUAACGAUCGCCCAAUGCAAAUGCCUACCGUAUCUCUGUUUUGUCGCUUACAUCCAGUACUAUUUGUAUUACUUUUGCUUGUAAUUGUGUUCCUACAUCCAUGUAUUAGAUUCGCAUGUAACUUUAUAGUAUGAAUACGAUUACCCUCUUGCUUCCC